GCGGCGAAGGUGGCUUCACGCCGCCCGCGGCGGGUUGCCACGACGACCAGGCGUGGACCGACGUGGACGGCGACGGCUGCGCGGAGUAUGCCGCGGUGAUCAAAUCUGGGAAGUGGACGAAGAAGGCCGCGUGUGACUACAACAACGGUGCCGCGAGGGUGAGAUGCCGGAAGACGUGCGAGGAGUGCAAGGUGAGUAGCGACACGUGCGCAGACUCCUCUUGCAUCGAGACGUUCAUGGCGAUCUCAG